AUGGAGCCUCCCCGGAAGAAGAUUCGGCGGGUAGUGAAUAGUUGUCUCGAAUGCAGAAGGCGAAAAAUUCGGUGCGACUUAACCUCCAAUGCAUCAGACAAAUGUUCUGCCUGUACCGCUCGCAGUAUUGCUUGCGAGAAAUGGGAAGAUUCGGCUGGUUGCCUCGACUCGUCCAAUCUCGAACUUAGUGCAAGACUGCGCCGUGUUGAAUCUCUCCUUGAGAAGUUGACAGACGUUGAAUCCUUGGACGCUGUCGAGGCUGCCUUGAAUGUGGGGGCGGGAGAUGGAUCAAUAACCGCACCGAUUGAAGGGCACAAUCUUCCUCCUCUUAUAUCUCUGUUCGACAACGCCGUUUUUGGUCAUCAAGAGCAGUCUACGCCGUCAAACGGGCCGGAGCAUCGCAGCCCAUCCCAAGGUUUCGGAGGGCCCCAGAAUGCUAAGCUGGAAAAGCUGCGCCUGGUACUUAGCGCACUCCUCCCCACGCAAGAAGAUGCAGAUCUGAUCACUGGGUCCACCGUGAGUGCUGGAAGCAUCGUGCAGAAUGACACUGCUGAUGAAUCUCUGAAGAACGCCUGGGGCCUCGGCCAUUUGAAUUUGGUCGACGCUGCCAACGAAAGGACGUCAAUGCCAGAUUUCGAGAUAACCACUUUGUCGAAAGGCUCACCGCUAACUAUAGCACGCGCACUGAUGCAUUUUGCAAUUCGCAUCCAACAAAUGCCUCCUGAAUUCGACACCUCGAGACUCCACUUCCACUCGCCCAUCGAAACUGUGCUACAGAAGUACCUGUACUACGUAGCCGACCUCGUUACGUCGAAAGAUGAUUUUGCUUGUACAGUGGAGGGCUUGGAAUGCCUCCUCCUCCAGAGUAUAUUCUACAUCAACGAUGGUAACCUGCGCAGAGCCUGGCUGGCUGCUCGUCGAGCUCUAUCCGCCGCCCAGUUUUUAGGUUUGCAAAAAAGCUAUCUCAGGUGUACCCGGAGUGAAGACAACGAUGGGACCAGCCAGAGAGCCAGUGCCUUGAUGUGGGUCAGAACCGUCAUGCUUGAUCGCUUUCUGGCGCCUAUCCUUGGGCUUCCAUGCGGCGUUGGCAAUGACUGCUUUGGUGAAGAGGGUGUCAUGGUGCCCAUCAUCGAUUUCCUUGAUGUUUUUGAGCGCAGAAUUUGCGUGGUUUCCGGGUUGAUUGCUGCCCGUAACCAAAAAGAACCGGCUCCUGGAUACACCACAACGCUGGACAUUGACGAAAGACUUGAAAAGCUUGCAAAAGAUAUGGGCGAUAUCCUGACGAAGAUCCCACCUUUAAAUGCCUCACCUCACUCCUCAGUCGGAGAAAGCCCUUUCAAAUUGGUCCUGAGCCAAAUAUGGUUCUAUCAACUCACCAUAAUCUUGCACAUACCGUGGAUGCUGCGAGCGUUCACUGACAGCAAAUAUGAGUAUAGCAGAUUCGCUUGCCUGAACGCGUCGCGAGAGCAUCUCCGCCGAUACCUUGCUCUCCGAGACACAAACAAUACUCAAAACACCGCUCGUGUUGUUGACUUCGGUACCGUCAUUGCGGCCGUGACGCUGAUCCUUAAUCGAGUUGAAUCCGCAACACGAGAUACUGCCACGUCUGAUGGGGAGAAAGACAUGAAAUUGGUCUCUGAAGUCGUCGAAUCCAUGCGAACGGUCUCUCGUGGACCACGAGAGUUCAUGGCCCGCCAAGGGGUCGAGGUUAUGAAGGCACUUUUAGCAUUAAACGGCGCCAGAGAUCGCAACACAAGCGACACCCUGCGAUUUACUAUACCUUUCUUUGGUCCUAUCGUUAUAUCGCGAAACCAGACCCCAGGUGGUCCCACACCAGUUACAACGGUGCCGGACGCUGUCGACGAAGUCGAUCCCAUCGAGUCUUUGCUCCGGUCAAACAAGGUUCAUAGCGGACCGCAAUUCAGUGGUAUCUCUACCGGACCUGUUCAUAGUCACCAUCUGUCAUUUGAGCAGGCAAACAUACCCGACUCCGGUUGGAUCCCCCCUUUGCAAGCGUGGGACUUUGACACGAUUCCCGCAUGGGGUGGUUCGUUCAGCUUGUGGGAUGUUCCGGACUGGGACAGCUGA